ACAAAUAUCCUCCACUCCACAACACAAAACCUGUUGAAAUAUCAAAAAGAAUGAACACUCUCCCACUUAACCCUUCAAACCCAAUUUCCCUCUCAAUCCCAUACAAAUUCAAUCACACCACCAAAGCACGGAAUACCAAUCUAAAGUUUGGCUUCUCUAGAGGAAGGAUUAGAGCUGUUGGCACACUCCCUGACAGUACUGAAGACCAGGCCAAGGACCCUCAAGAAACUCCACAUGUAGAUUUUGCUUUUGUUCAUUCUGUGUUGCUUCCAGAUGGAACAUUGGAUGUUCAUUACCGCAAAGCAUGUGGUGGUCAAAUGCUUAGGAAUAUAAUGUUGGAUUCUAACAUUGAUUUGUAUGGACCAUAUGCUAGGCCUUUAUCAAAUUGUGUGGGAGGAGGGAUUUGUGGCACUUGCUUGGUGGAGGUAGUAGAGGGGAAGGAGCUACUUAGUCCUCGUAAUGAGAUAGAGAAGGAAAAGCUAAAGAAGAAGCCUAAAACAUUCAGACUGGCUUGCCAAACCACAGUUGGUGAUCCAAAUACCACAGGCCUGGUUGUCAUCCAACAACUCCCUGAAUGGAAAGGACAUGAAUGGUAUGAUCAAAAAGUUUUGCCUUCAGAGUUGGACUUGGACCAACAAUAAGUAAUAAGUAGGUAUAUUAUAUUUAUGUAUAUUUUCUUGUAAUCAUAAAGAGUUUAUAAUUAAAUGUAACAUUUUUUUGAGUUAAUGAAUUGGGAUGGAAAGCA